CGUCCAGUCCUUUAAAAGGGGUGAGGGCAAGCCAUUUGUAGGGUUGCAAUCCGCAAUGGGCAGAGAAGAGAGGGAUAUCGGCAACGGUGAUCUCCGGCGGAGUCGAGAACGGAAGCUCGCAUCGAAGGUGGAAUUUCCCGACCGGAGAAUCGCCGUCCGUACGCCGGAAAGAGGUAGGUCUUCUUCUCCCCCCUUUUCUUCAUCCGGCCGGAGUGAUCCGCUUUCCGAAUCCGACGACAACCGUCGCCGGAUUCCUUACAACGGCUCUGGAAACCGUCAUUCUCGUGAAACCGAUCGUCGCCGUGGCUAUCGUGCCGACUCCAACGGAUUCUCGAACCCUGGAAGAAGGCCUAGAUCUGAAACCCCAACCCUAGAUGGCCACAGAUCUGGUCGCGGCGGCAGCGAUCGUAGUGAACGGAGGGCUCCGUUCCUCAAUCGGGGUGCCUGGAACGGGGGGCGGUUCUCGGAUUCUGAUGAUGACGAGGAUUUGAAAGGGUUGAGUUUCGAGGAGUACCGACGGCUCAAACGACAGAAAUUGAGAAAGAGCCUGAAGAAUUGUAUCUGGAAUGCGACCCCCAGCCCUCCAAGGAGGGAUCGAUCAGAAGCGUUGGAUGAUGGAAACAAGGGAAUUAUGGAUACUCCACUGGAGGAGGAUGAGCCGAAGAAUGAUUCUAAAGAUCGUCGUCAGAAAGUUGAAGUUGACCGUCGUAAAAGUAGUGAAACUGAGGAAGAUUCAAGGAGGAGUCUGUCGGAUGAACUAUCUGAUUCGGACCCUGACACCGAGAGUCUGAGAAGGAAGGGAAGGGGAAGGAAGAGUGGGCGGAAGAGUAAAUCUUUGCAUUCUAGGAGGAGCAGAAGCCAAAAUUCAUCCACCGAGAGUGAAUCUGUAGAGGAAUCAAGUGCGUCAGAGAGCUCCUAUCUUUCCAGUGAUGAAGGCAUAAAGCGGAAGAAAUCCAUGAAAAGCCGGCACAAGCAAAGGAAGGAGAGGAGCCGGCGAACAAGCAGGAAAACCAAGAGAAGUUAUCACCGCAGGAGCUCUGAUAGAAGCAGCAGUGCGAAGAGUGAAAGUGAGGACUAUGAUUCUAGCCAUUCCUCUGAGGAUCAAACAAGACCCAAGAAGCGACGAUGUUCCAACUCGUCUUCUCAUCCAAAACGGAGGAAGCAAAAGAAGCAGGUGGAAUCAAGGAGUGGCAGUUCGACCGAGGGUUCUUUUGAUUCGGGCAAUGAUGCAAAUGGCAAUGCUAAAGCAGCGGACGAAGUGAUGAAAACUGACAUCACUAGCGAGGUAAUAGCGUUCAAAGAGAUGAUUGAAUCCCAAAAGAAACCCGCUCUGGAUAAUGAGCCAUUUGUGGGACCCGUGCCCCUGCCGAGGGCCGAGGGGCAUAUCAGCUAUGGAGGUGCUCUUAGGCCUGGUGAGGGUGAUGCAAUUGCUCAGUACGUGCAGCAGGGGAAGCGUAUUCCUCGAAGAGGAGAAGUCGGGCUUUCGGCAGAAGAAAUUCAGAAGUUUGAAAGCCUGGGUUAUGUGAUGAGCGGAAGCAGGCACCAGCGGAUGAAUGCCAUUCGUAUCAGGAAAGAAAACCAGGUUUAUAGUGCUGAAGACAAAAGGGCACUGGCGAUGUUCAAUUAUGAGGAGAAAGCAAAACGUGAGCACAAGGUUAUGGCUGAUCUGCAGCGGUUGGUGCAACGUCAUAUUGGACAGGAUGUUGGUCCGACACAUGAUCCAUUCGCACCAAAAGCCUCUGAUGCUGCUGAUACGUAAUCUGCUUGUACAUUUACUAUUCACUGUGUGUAUGACUAUUUUGUUUACAUGUUUUCUAGGAGAAUCUAUCAAAUGCUUGGCAAAAUGCGCUCAGUAGUUUGAAUUUCAAGAAUGGGUGCAUGGCUGCAUGUGUUGCCAAUUACAGAUCCUUUAUUUUGAGUGAAAAGACAGGGAUUUGUGUGGCUUCUUAAUAGGGCUGUCGAUGGGCCUGGCAGGUGCGGAUUUUGAAUUGUCCAGGCCAGUCCUAUUCAAAGUGUGGCAUUUGCUAGGCCCAAGGGUAGCCCAUUGACAGCCCUACUUUUUAAUCAUCACUUCUCAUUUAACAUAGAAAAUAGAACUAUUCUGUAUUACUUUGGCCAGGGCUAGUUAUGUACGCUCAUGUUGCGAAUAUCCAGUAAGUAUUCUUUCAUAUAUCUUAUAUUAUCUUUUGUUCA